AUGCAAAUCAGAUUAUACACGCCAUUGACGUUUGAAAUGGUCUGUAACACAUGUUUAUCAGAUAUUGUACUGCAGUUUGUGGAAGGCGAUCAUGGCGAUGGUGCACCAUUUGACGAGAAAACAUUAGCGCACGCGUUUCUGCCAACUGACGGUAGAAUCCAUCUCGAUUCCCAAGACACAUGGACAGAAUUGUAUAAUUCGACAUCAAAAACGCUGAAACAACGAUCUGACGUCCUAACAUCCAUUGAUCAACAAUCGAUACAAGCUCUUUAUGGAAAAAAGGCUGAGGCAGACUCUCCAACAACGACAACAAAGAAUCAGACAACUCGUAAGUUAUAUCUUUUUAAAACAAGCGUUAAUAGGGAGGAAAACGUUCUACAAGAUUUCUGCACUCCGUUUUGGACAAUGCCCUCUGGCGAAAUUGGUAUUUAUCGAACUUAUCGAAAUGCCAAUACUCUUAUUAGUGGUGAUAGUAGUCGCAGUGCUUGCACGUCAUUUAAUGCAACUAAAUAUAAUGAUAAUAAUAUAGUAUUUUCAAUCGGUUCCCGACUUACAACCUGGAGUGGUGGUGAGAAUAUGAAUUUUGCAUUAGCUAUCCGGAAUGGCACACAUGUUGAUGUAUUCGGUAUGCAAGGAAAGUAUGAUAAUCGCUUUAUUAACGUGGGACCUAUGAAUGCUACCUGUGCUAGUUGAAAUAGCCGUACAGUUACUAAUAUUGAUGCCAAAAUCUUGACUUUGUUGGGACCGUUCGGCGAAGGAUUUGGUUAUCACUAAUAUUGGUUGCGUGAUCAUCUUCAGUUUUUCUUUAUAAUCACUUAUCAGCUGUUGUUUAAUUUCUUCCUUAUCAUUUGACUGAGACAGCGCAGUUGUUAAUACCAUUUCGAAUAAUGCUGUAACUGCUGGUAAAAAAUCCAUAAUUACUUUUCCUAGUCCAUUCAUUCUAUUAUCAAUCUUUUCAUUUAAUUUUACCAUUUCACUACGAAUAAAUAAAGGUAAAUCAUUCGAGUUCUGUUGAUUAUCUUUAUUCUUAUCUUUCGCCCAAGGUGCUGGAGCUGAUGAUAUGAUAUUUCCAUUUAAGUGAGGGUAUUCAUUAAUAUCUCUGGAAGGGGCGGUGGUUCUGUUGUUCACCAACGUUGCUUGUAACUUUCCUUCAUUUAUAGCCUGUUUAACUGCAACAUUUAAUUUAUCCCGAUGGUUUUGAUUAAUCAGACAUUCUGGAGCUGUUGAUAGG